AUGGACAAGAAAGAGGCCUCGCCGUCGGCCGAGGGUUGCAGCACUUGCACCAAGCGGCGCAUCCGGUGUGAUGGCAGCCGCCCAACCUGCGUAAAGUGCGAGAAGAAGGGUCUCGUUUGUCCAGGCUAUGGACCUCGACUGCGAUGGGCAGACGGCGUGGCAAUUCGAGGAAAGCUCAAGGGCCGCAGGGUGCCGCUCGUUGAGCAAACGGUGAAACAGGCGCGAGCCAGCCCGACUGCUAUGGCACCGCAGCGAAUGCAAUUGCUACAGCUUCCGGCACCUGAUGCGUUUCAGACGACUCUCAGCAACUCGAUGCCCCAGCUGAUUGAAUACUAUGAUAAGAACUUGGCUGGCCUGAUGGUUUGGGUCGACUCUGCAGAAAACGACUACAGGCGAACCGUGCUGCCGAGGGCGCAAAACACCCCUGGCCUCAGGUUUGCCGUGGCAGCGUUCGCCUCGCACCACGGAUCUUCUCACUUCCAGCAUGCCAUGGAGUUGUUUCCCGAAGCGGCUCGCGAUGCCUGCCUCGGGGUGAUCCAUACUCGCGUGCAGGACAUGACGAGCAGGCUGACCAAAGGAGCCGAGCUUGACAACCAAAGAGACAUUGCAGACGCCGAAUGGAUGCUGGCAUGUAUCUUGAUGAUAGCCUGCUACGAAAUGUCCAACUCUCAAUCGUCGGCAGCCGAAGGACACAGACUAGCUGCUAGAACCCUCGUCAACGUCUUUAGCGGCAAAAAGGGCUGCAAUGACGGGCUCUUUGCCUUCCUCCGAAAUCAACUUUCCAUUUAUGAUGUUCUCGUAUCGACAACCUCCUUUGAUCUGGAGGACAUACGAAACACUAUCAUGCCAACGCCGGGCUCCGACAACGUUUUAUUCGCCGACUAUCUAACGAAUCUACACCAAGUAACUCUUGCCUCGAGGUAUCCGUCUCCAAUACCAGAAGAGAUUGAUGCACUACUCACCGGUGUCAGCCUAACACCUGAUUUGAUUCGGUACAAAUUCGCACAAGCCAGAGGUGCCACUCUGAUUGCAGCCGGACGAAUGGGAAUCGAGCAAACGGCAAUGCGUCAGGAUUUUAUUCGCUUGGUGGAUGUCUAUCAUUAUACUGCCGUGUUGUAUUCCUACCGCUGCUUGGGGUAUGCUACAGCCGAUAAUGCUGAUUGGCAGCCCACAGUGACGAAGCUGUUUGAACAACUUCUUCGCUUUCAGUAUCCUGGCAUUUGCAUACAAAAUCUGCCCUGGCCCGUUUUCAUUGCAGGGACGGAGUGUUGGGCUGAUACACAUCGGCAACAAAUCGUUCGGGACCUUCUUGGAAAAAUUCUUUCAGCCACCAGCUUCCGCCAUUAUGAGGGAGUUUUGAGCUUUUUGAACGCGUUUUGGUCGGGCGACCAGCCAGACUGGAGACCACUAGCCCAGGAACUGCAAAUGAAAGGAUUCCGAAUCUUGGUGGUUUGA